CCCACCCACCACCAUCCCUGUUGGGAUCUGUCAGGCGCUUCUCGGUGUCUGGGAGUCUCUGCCUUGUCCUGUCAACUGUCUCGCUGCUCGCUGCGGAGGGAAGCUCCAUAAUUAGGACUCUGGUGUGCAGUAACCGGAAAUGGGUUCUGUGUCAUUUGAAGACAUUGCUGUGGACUUCACCUGGGAUGAAUGGCAGCACCUGGAUGCUGAUCAGAGGACUCUCUACAGGGACGUGAUGUUGGAGAACUACAGCAGCCUCCUGGUCUUGGGAUAUUGCAUGACCAAACCUGAGGUGAUCUUCAAGUUGGAGCAUGGAUUUGGGCCAUGGCCCGUGGUAGAAUCCUCUGUCCGCAGCCUUCCAGACCUGAAGGUGGCACAGAAGAUCCAACAAGGGACAACAUCCUGUGAAGAUAAAGGAUGCAUGAAGGCAUUUAUCCAGCAGUCACAGGACCCGAGGAGUCAGAUAACAUGUAAGAAAAGCGUCCGUUAUAAGUCACCUCUCAAUAAUUGUCAGAGGAUUCUUAAUGAGGAGACACUGUAUACACACAGACAGUGCAGGACGUCACACCUGGCCAAACAUGAGAGAAGUCACGAAGGGGAGAAGCCAUAUGAAAGCUCUGGGUGUGGGAAAGCUUCCCACAUCAGGUCUCAGCCUCAGAACACUCACAGAGAUGAGAAGCCCUACAAAUGUCUAGAAUGUGGGAAAUAUUUCUACUACAAGUCACAAAUCAUUGAACAUCAAAGAAGUCACACAGGAGAGAAGCCUUAUGAGUGUACAGAAUGUGGAAAAUCUUUCAGCUAUAAAUCACAUCUGACUGUACAUCACAGAAGUCACACAGGUGAGAAGCGUCACGAAUGUACAGAAUGUGGAAAAGUUUUUUACUAUAAGUCCCAACUUACCCGGCAUGAGAGGAGUCAUACAGGGGAGAAGCCCUAUGAGUGUAUGAAAUGUGGAAAAUCUUUCUACUGUAACACGCAUCUUUCUCUGCACCAGAGAAUUCAUGUAAAUGUGAAACCCUAUGCAUGUACAGAAUGUGGGAAAACUUUCUCUUUCAGUGCAUGCCUCAGUAGACACCAGAGGAUUCAUACAAAUGAAAAGCCCUAUGAAUGUACACAAUGCUCCAAAGCUUUUUACUUUAAGAAGCAACUUACUCAUCAUGAGAAAACUCAUGCUACAGAGAAGCGUUUUGAAUGUAAACAGUGUGGUAAAGCAUUUUACUGGAGGGCCAACCUUACUGUGCAUCAGAAAACUCAUGGUGGGGAGAAGCCCUUUGAAUGUAAACAAUGUGGAAAAGCAUUUUACUGCAAGUCCCACCUCACUGUGCAUCAGAGAACUCAUAUAAGUGAAAAGCUCUAUCAGUGUUCACAGUGCAGGAAAGCAUUCUACUCUCAGACACAGCUUUCUGUGCAUCAGAGAAUUCACACUGAUGAGAAGCCCUAUGAAUGUAAGCAAUGUGGAAAAACAUUCUACAGCAAGUCUGGGCUUACUGCACAUCAGAAAACUCAUACGGGUGAGAAGCCCUAUGAAUGUAAAGAAUGUGGAAAAGCAUUCUAUAACAAGUACCUGCUCAUUGAGCAUCAUAGAGUUCAUACAGGUGAGAAGCCCUAUCAAUGUACAGAAUGCAAGAAAGCAUUCUACUGCAAGAAAUACCUUUCUCUACAUCAGAAAACUCAUGCAAGCGAGAAGUCAUUUCAUUGUGCAGAGUGUGGGAAAGCUUUCUCCUGGCUCUCACACCUCACUCAACAUCAGAGAAUUCAUACAGGGGAGAAGCCCUAUGCAUGUGAACACUGUAGGAAGACUUUUUACUUCAAGAAACAACUCACCCGACAUCAAAGAACACAUGAGAAGUCAUGAGGUGUAAAUAAUGCAGGAGACCAUUUCACUGCACAUGCAACCUCUGUGUAUGAAAGAACUCAAACAAGGGAGAGACCCUGUGAGUGUACCAGAUAGAGAAAAUUUUCUCCCUCAUACAUACCUUACUCCAAGUCAGAUGAGAAAGCCUAAGAGUAUAAAGAAUGUAUAAAUUCUUACUUAAGUGUGUAAUCAGAAGGUUGUACAUGAGAAUCUGAUUAAUGUAAAAACUGUCGAAAUUUUCUAGUGUUACUGAGCCAAUGAACAUAUACUGGAGUCUGUCUGCAAACCUUGUUGGAAGGCAUGUACCACAUAUACUGUCAGUGAGAGAAUUCAUGCAUGGGGCUGCUGUCUCCUAUGAAGUGAAAAGCUGUACAAAAGCUUUCUCAUUCUUCAAAUUACUUCAGUAUAUUGUAGGUGAGUAACUCAGAAUGUAAAGAACAGAGGAAAGCUUUCUAACAUUAAGCCCCAUCAAUUCACACCUAAAAGGUUUUACAGGUGUGUGCCCCAGUGAAAUUAAUGAAAAUAGACACAUUUUGAGACAGAAAUUGGGCCUCUGCUGUAGCAACUUCUUAUGUGAUAUGAUAAGUAGAGCAAAAAGCACAGUGAGAUAUAUUAUUUUAUGUUUUUAUUUCUAGAUUCUGAUACUGCAGGUUUACUGGACCCCGUGAUUGAAGGUUGAACUUAGCAACAUAGGCAGAUUCCAUCUGAUAAAAAGCAGAAAAGUCUUCUCGAAGUGCCCAUGUGAAGUUCUGACAUUGCAGCUCCAUGUGCUGAAAACCCAUAUAAAUUAUCAAAUAUGAAGAAUAUAAAGAGUGCCAAAGCUUGUGAAGGGAACUUGAAAUCUAUCUGGCAUCAUUAACCCAACACACAUGAUUAAACAGAAGAUUCCAGUAUGAAAACAUUCUCCCUUCCAUAGUCCUUGUGACUUUUUUUUUAAUAAGGAUUCACCAACUAUUCAUAGUGUAAGAAUACUAGAAACGGCAUUCAGCCAUGCUCCCACAGUACCAACCAUCAGACACUUUAUGAAAGUGAGAGCACGAUUUAAGUUUACGGGUUGACUUGUCUUAAACGUGGCUCCGUGGCAGUGUGCUCAUCAGUCUUGUGCUGUGUGUCUGUCUACACAUAGAACUUUUCCUGUGUCAUCUUGAUUUAGGAUAGUUUUGUUCAUGUUCCUUUGUAAAUCAGUUCUAACUGUCCAUUAGUCUUUUGUCUCAUCAGACAUGGAAAUUUUAAAUAUUUUUCUUAAUUAAUUAAUUAAACAUUUUUAUAAUUAUGUAGUUUUGAGACAAACUCUUGAUCUAUAUAGCCAGUCUGUCCUCUGGCCUCCACUUGUACAUAGGUGUGUACCCUGACACAUGCAUACAGAACAUGUACCAACAAUAGAAAAAUGCCAAAUUUUUCAUACAUUAGCAAAUCGUAUAACAUUGGUCUAUGUAAUUUCCAUGUUAACUUUCAAAAGGAAUUUUGCUGAAAUGUGUUGCUUGUAGUUUUAAAAACACACUACGGCCUUAGCCUGGUAGCUUCAACUGAGCUACCAGCCCCUCCUGGCUCCCUUUUGUCCCACCUGGCUCAGCUCUGGGAUUGAUUGCAACCGUCCCCAUCCUGGCUUCCUUUUCUAACAGCCUUUGCUUGGGCUUGGCUCUGGGAUAGGCUUCAGCCAGCCUCAACCUGGCGUCUCUUUCUCCCCACCUUAUGCUCUGGGAGUUGACCAGUCCACCAGCCCACUCCGAGACCCUAGAGUUCGAGGACAAAGGACACAGUUUUAUGUUUUAGGACUUGUUGGCUAGGCAUAAUUGCUGGGCACAGAAUCUCCUGCCUGGAAAGGCAUGCCCUCAUCAAUUAUUAUCUCUGUUUCUUCUCCUGCUUGUUCAGGUAUCCCCUACUAAUCUCCUUGGCCCCCUGCCCAUAGCGGAGGCAGCAGGCCCUAGCUGCGCUGAGGCCUUACAUGAUUGUAGCAUCUUCUUUCUUCUUUACUAUGUCAGAAAAACCCUCUCUCUUUCCCUUUAUCUCCUCUUCCUCUUGGGACCUGGAAGGCCCACCUAUAGCUUCUGCCCAGCAAUUGUCUCCUGGCCUUCUUUAUUGCAAAAUCAAGAGUAAGAAACCUAAUAUUUCUUAUCAAUAUCCACUAGGCGAUUUCUUUUCUUAGAUUUCUCUUCCUUAUCGUAGUCCCUUGGAUCAAACCCCCAGACUCAGGCAUGCUAGGCCAGUGUUCUACCAUGAGCUAUAGGUCCCUAGACAAUAUUUUGAUGAUUUGUUAUUAUUACCAGAGCUUUGUAGAUGAAACUAAUCUAUUAAAGGCCAUACAUAUUGUUAAAUGUAUGUCCUUUGGAUAUUUUCUUGAAUGGUAUAACCAAAUAGAAUAUGUGAAGUUUGUCUAAAAAUUUAGCAAUUGAAGGUUGAGUAUACCUUAAUAACAUGGCAUAUGUCUUUGCAAGUAUACUUUAUAUCUGUAAUCCCCAGGACCCACAAAUAAUAUAAACUUCAAGAGAGUAAGUAUAAUUCAAAGAGAGGGUACCAGACAUAUUCUUCAGAGUUAUAUUCUUGUGACCUUGACCAACUAAGCUACACCUUCUAAAGUCUAAAAUAUUUCUACAAAUAGUGUCAUAUUUUCAAGAUCAAACACUCAGAACAUAAGCAUUUGGUGGAUAUUCCAUGUAGCUCAUAGCUACAUAAAAAACAAAAGUUUUAUUUAAAGCUUCAGAUACAUGUGUAGGAAUGAGGAGACUCUGGCAUCUCCCCUGUAUCCCACUGCAGAUUAGGGGUGAGACCAGCUCUCUCAUACUCAUGCCCUCAGGACAGGCUUUCCUGUACCACUAGGACAGCUCUAUUUUGUCACCCAGUCUAGGUGCCUAGCUAGUGAGGGCUGAGGCCAUCUCUGAGCAGCCCUUGGACAGCAGCAUGGUUCCAGGCCAUAACACAGACUAGGAACAUCCACGUGGCCAUAUUACCACAGGCAUCAACACAAUCCAUUGUUGCUGUGUGGCACUGGCACCCAGACAAUGGCCCUCACGGGCAGCGUGAGGUGCCAGCGUGAGGCCACAUUGUACUGUGGCCUCGGGUGGCAGGGUAGGCUCCUCACAUCAGGCUCUUCCUCUCCACCCUUGAUCUCUACUUCUACCUCUUUUCAUGGUGCUCAAACCUUUUCUGCUUCUCUUUCUCUCCCAUCUCUCUACCACAUGCUUGCACAUCGUAGUAGCUCUUACUGCAGGCUGUCUUCUCUCAUUCUCUCAUGAAUGGCAGCUGCAGCACUGGGGAAAUCUGGCCCUAUACCUCAUCUGGGCAGCAUAGUAGAGCUGGGCCUGGUGCAGUGGUUAAGCUGGCCCCAAGGUCAUGAGCUGCAGCAUUGGCUGAGCAUAGCAUAGCAGCAGUUCUGGAGAGCUUGUCCUAGUGGUAUGGGUGUGUAAGAGCUGCCAUUCCAACCACCUCAGCUACUUCCUAAGCCCAGACCCAGGGCUUUGAUUUAGGCCACCCCAACUCCUACCCAAUCUAUGAAUUGUGGAGGAUGUGAAGGGGCUGGUCGUGCACCUCCAAAGCUUGAGGAUCUCCAUGUCACAGGGCAACAGCAGGAUAUCCGAGAGGAGUCCCUGUGAGGAUUCAGUAUUGAUACUUCAGGAGAGUCCAGAGGCCUUGAACCAGAACAAUAGCUCAAUUCAAUAAGCAUUUGCAAGUAAAGAUGUGUAGACAAAAGGGUAUUCUGUGUGACUCAGUGGAGAUUCCAUGACAAUAUAUAUUUUUUCCACUUGUU